AUGUCUCAACACGUUCCGCAAACAAACCACGCAAACACUGCCGGCGAGAGCCGCACACCCGGGGCCAAUAGCGCCCCAACCGCAAAUAACACCUCCGGGGCAGGGAACGCCCUGACCAUAAACACCGUCUCUGCCACAGCGGGCACAUCGGCCCCGCCCAACACGCCAAUCCCGAUCGGUACCGCGGCGGACCUGUCACGGUACCCCGCGGAGAACGCCACGGCGGAGGGCGACCGGCUCUACUGGGGCCAUGUGGUGGAGCUCGACCCGCAGCGGGGAACGGCGGUGGUCGCGUUGUGGACCGGGAAGACUGACGAACCCCUUUUCCGCUGUUCGACGGCGGGCUGCGAGGGGGUGGGCCAGUUGAAGAUGGGUGUGCGGGUCCAGAUCCGCCAUGUGAUGGCUGGGGAGCAGCAGGGAGAAAGCUUCGUGCAGUUUUCUGCACUGACCCCUGCGAGUCCAUGA